UGUAUUUAUAUUUGUUUACAGCACUUAAGCGGUCAUUUGAAGUGGAGGAGGACGCAUCUACAAACCCUUCCCCUCUCUCCCGCAGAACAGCCAACUCUCUACGCUCCACCUAUUCAACCAGCAGUCGCUUCCAUGACAUGAGCUCCCGCAACUCAGAGUCCACCUCCAGGCACGCUUCAGAUUCCUCCUCCAACCAGCGUUCUCCAAAGUCGGGCCUGCGGCGCAUGGAGUUAACCGGUGGCCGCGUCCUAGAGACCGCGUCACGCAGGACAGAGAUCUCUGUUGACAUCUCGUCUAAGCAGGUGGACAGCUCGCCCAGUCCUGGUAUUGCACGCUUUGGUUUAAGAAGACCUGAGGUCUCGCUCCAAAGCAAAGCCACAGAUCCACCGGUUCACAGAAGGGCUGAGGGUACCUCCAGCAGACCCCAGGAACCUCCAACACCCCCCAGGAGAGCUGACCCACCAGCACCUGUGUCCCGGAUCCCUGAGCUGUCCCAGAAGAGAGUGGAGCCACCCAGCCCGCUUGAGAUCUCCGCUCCACCUCGACGGCCUGAGAUGCAUAUUAACAGACAGCUGGACACACCUUCUCCUGCCAGGGAGUCAGAGAAUAGCUUCACCUCAGCAGCCAGCGUCACUCCUACCUUCACUGAAUAUAAAACCCCUCCGUCAGUGCAUGAAAUCCCCAAAAGACCACCAGAGAGAUCUGAGGUCAUUUUGAGCAGCAGCAGCAGUAGCGGCAGCAGUAGCAUCAUGGCAGAAUCUGUUAUAUCAGAGAUGCCUCCAGCCAGGUGUCUUGAUAAGCCCAGCGUGGACUUCAGCUAUGUGGGCAUCGAUGCCAUCCUGGAGCAGAUGAGGAGGAAGGCCAUGAAACAGGGCUUUGAGCUCAACAUCAUGGUUGUGGGGCAGAGUGGAUUGGGAAAGUCCACUUUGAUGAACACGCUCUUCAAGUCCAAGGUGAGCCGCAAGUCUGUCCUGGGCACUGCUGAAGAAAAGAUCCCCAAAACCAUCGAGAUCAAGUCCAUUAGUCAUGACAUCGAAGAGAAAGGAGUUAGAAUGAAGCUGACAGUCAUAGACACACCAGGAUUUGGGGACCAGAUCAACAAUGAGAACUGUUGGCAGCCCAUUAUGAAGUUUAUCAAUGACCAGUAUGAGCAGUACUUGCAGGAAGAGAUCAAUAUUGACAGGAAGAAGAGGAUUCCAGACUCACGAGUUCACUGCUGCAUAUACUUCAUCCCACCAACAGGACACUGUCUUAGGCCUUUGGAUGUGGAGUUUAUGAGACGUCUCAGCAAGGUGGUGAACAUUGUUCCUGUCAUUGCUAAAGCUGAUACCCUAACUCUGGAGGAGAGGGAUUUCUUCAAGCAGAAGGUGAGCUAA